UCUCGUCCACUACCUGUCAAAUUCGCAAAAUGUCAUCCAUAUUCGCCAGAAUCACCACUCAACAGUGAAAAUUUGCUCAAAAAGUUAUUAAAAAUUUCUGCUGGUUCGAUUAAAAAUGGAAACUGGUCCAGACGGUAAAGCACAAAAGGUUAAUUACUAUUUCAUCAAUUAUAAAACCUUUGUGAACGUCGUCAAGUACAAGCUCGAUCAUAUGCGGAAGCGUAUGUAAACCAAGGAGCGUGAUGCCACUAGUGCAAGUUUCAAGUGUCCUUCCUGCGAUUAGACUUUUACCGAUCUGGUGGCAGACCAGUUGAUCGAUUUUGCAUCCGGCGAAUUUCGCUGUACAUAUUUUGGCAGUACUGUGGAGAAAGACAGUUCAGCACUACCGAAAAAAGAUUCACGCUUACUGUUGGCCAAGUUCAACGAGCAAUUACAGCCGCUGUACGAUCUGUUAAGACAAGUUGAAGAUAUCAAACUUGCUCCGGAAAUUCUCGAGCCUGAACCGGUUGAUAUUGACACUAUGAGAGGUAUUGCCAAACCAACCAACAGGAUUUCAGAUGAGCAAUGGUCCGGCGAAGCAACGCGAACCAGUGGAUUCGCUGUGGAAGAAACCCGUGUCGAUGUUACCAUUGGUGAUUCAGACGCAGUGGAAACCACAACACAUCGGAAAGAUCGUCCGGUGUGCAUGACGGAAUCAACUGUUAUUACGAACGAUGUGGAUGAAAAUUCAGUUGAGUCAAUUUUAGAGAAAGCUGCAUUCACCUCCACACAACCCCCCGUGGUCACUAACUGCACUAGUGUUAUUUCUUCCGCACGGAACCGUAAAGAUGCCGACGAUAUUAUGUCGGUAUCACAACAGCACGAGAAGCAAAGCUCUCACAAUGCAACGAAUGAUGCCAUCAAGGGGCUAGGUCUCAACAACGAGCCAAGUAUUGACAGUAGUGACGAUGAGAAGGAUAUUGACGAUACAGAGAUUCCCAUUGUUGAAAUUAUGGAUACCGAUUCGGAUGACGAUAUGCCAAUGAUAACGGUGGCGGGUAGACCACAGCCACUGGAUUAGAUCAAUGACACGCUGAUAGCGGAAAUGACUCCACAGGAGAAAGAAACCUACAUGGUGUAUCAAGAUCAUUUCAGUCAUAUGUAUGAUAAGAUGGAACGACGAAAAGUAAGUGGCAUUAAAAAGUUGAAUUUUAGAAUGCGGCCGUACACACUAUUCUGAGAAACUCCUGGAAAUGGUACGCAUGUUACGUAAGAUGUGAACGUAUAUCCGUGAACUAUUUAUUGUUAUUGUUGGGCUGAAAAUUAUUUUCAAGUCUCGUACCUGACCCUGAUUCCUGCAGGAGAUAAGGAAAAACGCAACAGUUCCAAGCUACCGAAGAGAUAGUUGUUGAUUGCCAAGAGAGAUUAAAGCUGCAUGUGCAUUUAGUUUGAUAAAUAAACAAAACAUUAUAGUUUCUCAGUAUUUGACAUAAACGUAAAUAAACACAAAGAAUGCAAGCACUCCUAACUACUCGUA